GCAACCCAGAAUUUAACGCAGCAUUUGUCGACUUCGCUGCCUACCGCAGUAGCCAGUCUGUUCGCCACUGCCUGGUCACGGCGGUCUACAAACACAAGUGCAGCU